AAUUCACUUCAGGAACUUCAGCUCCUCGAGAUUAUGUGCAAUUAUUUCCAAGAGCAAACCAAGGACUCAGUCCGGCAGAUCAUUUUCUCAUCUCUCUUCAGCCCUCAAGGAAACAAAGCAGAUGACAGCAGGAUGGCUUUACUGGGAAAGCUGGUUUCCAUGGCAGUGGCUGUGUGCAGAACUCCUGUUCUGGAGUGUGCUGCCUUCUGGCUGCAGCGAACCCCCGCCGUGUACUGUGUGAGGUUAGCCCGAGCCUUGGUGGAUGACUACUGCAACCUGGUGCCAGGCUCCAUCCAGACGCUGAAGCAGAUAUUCAGCGCCAGCCCUCGCUUCUGCUGCCAGUUCAUUACAUCGGUCACCGCGCUCUACGACCUCUCUUCAGAUGACCUCAUCCCUCCUUCUGAUCUGCUCGAGUUGAUUGUUUCCUGGAUCUUUGAAGACCCCCGCUUGAUCCUCAUCACCUUUCUAAACACUCCUAUUGCAGCCAACCUGCCAAUAGGGUUUUUAGAGCUCACCCCGCUGACUGGACUGAUCCGUUGGUGCGUGAAGGCCCCUUUGGCUUAUAAAAGGAAGAAGAAAGCCUCUCUCUCCAAUGGACAUCCUCCCAGCAAAAUUGCCAAGGACUCGACUUCAGGAGAAGACAAAGAUUGCCACCAGCUGUAUUCAAAACUGCAUCUCAGUGUCCUCCAGGUUCUUAUGAUGCUUCAGGGGCAUUUAACGGAGAAGAACCUUUACGGGCGCCUGGGGUUAGUACCCUUUGACCACGUGGUUCCGCUCGUUGAGGAAAUUAACAGACUAUCUGAUGAACUCAAUCCUCUGAAUGCAUCCAAAGAGAUUGAACUGGCUCUAGACAGACUGGCUCAGGCUUUGCAAGUGGCCAUGGCAUCGGGAGCACUCCUGUGCACUAGAGAUGACUUGAGAACCGUGUGCUCCAGGCUACCACAUAACAACCUGCUCCAGCUGGUGAUCUCAGGUCCAGUACAGCAGCCAACCCACGGCACUCUGCCACCAGGAUUUUAUCCUCAUAUCCAUACUCCUCCUCUGGGCUACCCCGCACACGCUGCACACCCCACGCUCCCAGCUCACCCCGCGCUCCCGGCUCACCCCGUACAAACAUUUAUACCAGGAAUGACAUUCCCAUACCGACCUAUUCGCUAA